AUGAAGCUCCCCCGCGCUCAAGAGAUUGAUUUCGACCUUGAUCGAUACAUCAAUCGAUAUCUUCCCCAAUCCCAGCUUCAUCGCUUACCAUGGCCAAUCGCGCGGUUCCUAGGGUACAGACGUGUCCCGCAACCGGAAGUAGGCAAUCUGCUAGUCUGCGCAUGGGCAUUUGUCGGCGCGUUUAGCGGAUUAAUUCUGGUAAUGGGUGUCUUCAAGUCUUCCGAGACUAUCCAAGCGCAUCAUCCUCCGCUCAUCGUCGCUAGUCUAGGCGCAACGGCCAUCCUGGACUACCAAACGAUCCAAUCCCCGCUGGCUCAACCGCGCAGUUCCAUCCUGGGACAUGUACUCGGGGCCGUAGUCGGGGUCGGAGUCACCAAGCUCUUCAAACUGCGGUCAGACUUUGAGGAUCUCCGCUGGGUCGCCGGGGCAGUCUGCACCGCUCUGGCGUCGUUGGUGAUGGGGCUCACAAACACCGUGCAUCCGCCAGGGGGAGCCACGGCGCUGCUGGCGGCGGUGGAUCCCACCGUCGACGCGAUGGGCUGGUUCUUCGUCCCGCUGGUUCUCAUCGGGUCGUUGCUGAUGCUGGGCUGCGCGUUGGUGGUCAAUAAUAUCCAGCGUCAGUUUCCUAUGUUCUGGUGGACGCCUCGGGACGUAGGCCGGAAGAGGGGACCACCGGAUAUCGAGAAGACGUCGGAGGUUCCCCAGCAGAGUCGCGAACGACGGUUAAGUCGUGCGGUUGGGUUACUGCGGGAGAAUUCGAUUGUCAUCACGCCGGAUCAGGUGGUCAUUCCCGAUGGGUUUACUCUGGGGCUCGAGGAGAAGGGUAUUCUGGAGAGCAUUCAAUGCUCGACAGCAGCAACUCUCCCUCAAGGAAGCCGUCCCAUCUGCUGUCCUCUCAGUCUCAAGCAGAUUGAGAUUGUCAAGGCCACUUUUGAAGUCUCCCAUGCAGUUAUUCUCUUGUCGGCCGGUGUCGGUGUCACUCCCCUGGUAUCCAUCCUCCACGCCAUCACCAACUCCACAUCAAUCCAGCGCAGGAUACACUUCAUUCAUCGAUCUCGCGGCACCCAGGUCUGCACCUUCAAGGAUCCCGUCCAGGCGCUAGAGAAGAAGUUCCCCAGAAUGCAGGUGGAUAUUCGCUAA